ACUGUGUUGAUCCUAAACCUGUACUGCAACCCCCAGAACUCGGCCAAAUCAGCUGAUGGAUCCCACUCAACGGUCAGCGAUGAGGAGAUGCAGGAGCACUACGACAACUUCUUUGAGGAGGUUUUCGUGGAGUGCGAGGAUCGGUAUGGAGAGAUCGAAGAGAUGAAUGUGUGCGACAACCUUGGGGACCAUCUUGUUGGCAAUGUGUAUAUAAAGUUCAAAUAUGAAGAAGAUGCUGAAAAGGCUGUUGUGGACCUCAAUAACCGGUGGUUUGGGGGUCGAGCAAUCCAUGCAGAGUUGAGUCCUGUAACUGACUUUCGAGAGGCAUGCUGUCGUCAGUAUGAAAUGGGAGAGUGCACACGCAGUGGAUUCUGUAACUUCAUGCAUCUGAAACCAAUUUCUCGAGAACUCCGCAGAGAAUUGUAUGGACGGAAGAGGAGGAGAUCACACUCCCGAAGUCGCCGCCGCCACAGGUCGAGGUCGAGGUCACGAGAGCGUAGGCGGGAGAGCAAGGAUAGGUCAUCGGUGCUUGACAGGUUCUCCGCCCAUUCUCAGGACAAGGAUCAGAGGGAAGGGAGAUUUGGUCGCUACUAAGCAAGGGGUGGCUCUGGUGGCAUUGCAUUGUGGUUUUUAGGUAUUUAAAUUAUUUAACAUAGUUUGUUAAAUCAUUUCAUUCAUAUGUAUGUUUGGGAUUGUCAAUAAGCCGGGUUAAAACCAUUUAGAGGUUAUUGAAUUUUAUUCUCAUUAUUUGUCACAAGAAGAAAUAAUGGUAAUGAUAAUAACUGUAACAUUAAUAAUGAUGAUGAAAUGCAGCCAUUAAAUAGAGGUCAUUCUCAACUUGCAGAUGGAAAGUGGCAAUAUCAGGUUAUGUAGUUGCAAUAAGGAGAGAAUUCACAUGUGCAAAAUUGUGUUUUAUGUUGCAGCUAUUUGAUCCCUCCAUUAAUUACCCUUGACAUGGUUCCAUUUUAUGACAUUUACUUCCUUAUUUGAUAUUGGACGAAGGCUUUCCUAGUAGUUAGAAGAUGAUGAUGUGUUUAAGUAUCUGACAUUAAUUCAUAGCCUGGAAACUAUUUGUAUGAAUACUUUAUCCUGUAAAAAGACAAAGCCCUAGGUAUAGUUUCGACUCUUUGACUGAGUAAGUAGUACAUUUGUUGAAUUUUAGAAAGUAAUAUAAUAUUUUAGGAUUUUCUGUGGAAGGUUCAAGGCCACAAAAAGAUCUCAGUAAGGUAUUUAGGUUUUAUUUUGUGCGUGAUGAAUAUUACCACUAAUACUGUGAUGGAAAAAGUGAUAAAAGUAACCUUUGAUUGCAAAGAUUAUUUAUUUAUUGGCAAAAGGAAAGAAAUUACUACUCAAAUAAAAUUCUGGCACAGGUGUGUAAAAAUCUGAAAUGGAUGGCACUUUAUGGCAAUGAUAAUAAAAAUUAAUGUUUCUUCAUAAACUUUAAGGUGAAGCUGUAACUAAGGUAGCUUUAAUUUCCUAAUUAAGUUGAUAUAGAGGGAGAAAUUAGCAUGGUACAAAUAUUAGUGCAGCCAAAAAAGAUUUUAAAAAAUCAAUGUCAAUCUAUUCUCAAACAAGGUCUAAAUCAUCUUAUGGAUUUGCUCAAUAUGGUGUCAAGUGAAGUAAAGACCACAGAAGGCUAAACGACUUAUCACUCCAUGCAACUGGGAUUGAAUGCAAAUGUGAGACACUGUGCUUUGUAUUUUAUUUGGCUUUUAAGAUUUGUGAGGAUUAGACUUUGUGUGAUUGAGAGAGGAAAAAGACUGAAGUUGCUCACUUAUACAUAAUUGGUAAUCUUUAAAAGGGUAUUUUAUGAUUAAUUUGCAUAGUGCCACUUAACACUAACAUGGGAUUCUUAUUAACCUACUCACAACAGAAUUUCCUGUUACCAUUCUAAACCAUGUGCCAGUUGGCAUGUGUGGUCAGCCACUUGAGGGAGAAACUAGAAGCAUGGGAAGCUUAAAUUUCCCCCAUUCUCUGUGCUCUUCGCUGCAGUGUAAAUGAUUGUAUAUCUGAUGAGGCUAAUAUAAGGCUUUAAGCAUACAUUCUCCUCAGUGACUGCAGUCAGGGCCACAUGAUUGAAUGUUGUCCUGGUGUGGGUGAGGGUGAGGGAUUGGCUAUAGCAUGAUGGGAUGUUAUCUGUUGUGAAUGGGUUAAGCCUGCAGUUAUGCUGUAUGGGAAGUGCUGCCAGCUGAACUGCUUUUACUAAUAUAUUACGGCUAAUUGUAAAUGAGUACAUCCUGAGUGGUAGAUAGUAUAAUAUCCAAUGUUAUUUUAUAUUUUAGUCUUAAUACAUAUAAUCAUUCUGAUAAUUGUUCACAAAGCAUAAUUGUCACAAGACUAUAGUAACUAAUAUUUUGGAGAAGGUUAUGUGAACAAAAAUCUUCAAUGCUUUUGUAGAAGUAAAAGAAUUUUUAGCAAUGACUGUCAUGUAUCACAAUAUAUAUUUUGGUAUCAGUUUCUUUCCUUUGGUGCAUUUUUUUUUUUUAUAAUAAGGAUGUUUUGCAGGGUCUCAUGAGUAAGGUUAAUUGCACGUGUGUAGAAAUAAAUUUUAGCUCAGAGUAAAUGGAAGGGAAGCUGUUUUAAUGAUAAGGAAAGCUAAGGUGCAUCAUCUUGUGAGGCAAAUAUAUGUUUUUUUUUUAAUGAAUAUUUAAUGUUUUUUUUAUUAUUAACUUAUUCACUCUCUUUGAUUAUAUAUAUGUAUAUUUUUCCCUUCUUUUUUCUGGGAAGAAUUCAUGAAGUUCUGACUGAAAAAGUUUGUAAAUUUAUUUGCCAACUCAGAUUUUACGUUUAUAUUUAAACAUGUAACACUUGUUCCUCAUUUUAUUGCGAGUUAUUUACAUGAUUUGUUAGCAUGUUUUAAGAAUUUUGUGUGUUUAUUUUUUAUGGACAUUUAUUUAUUUAUGUACUCUCAUUUUAAUCAACAAAUACAUAUACUGAUUUUUUCUUAUUUUUGUACUUCUGUAAUAGGCUAACAAAGUAACCAUCAUAAGUGUCAGUGUCUGAAAAUAUAUAAAUGGUCUUUUGACAAGAUAAAGAGAUGUCAACCUCAUGCUGUUAAGCAAGUCCAACAAUAAAAUAUACAUUUGA